AUGGUCUCUCAGGUUCUGGCACUGUUCACCUCAGGGACUGGCACUGUUCACCUCAGGGACUGGCACUCUCCGCCUCAGGGACUGGCACUGUUCACCUCAGGGACUGGCACUCUCCGCCUCAGGGACUGGCACUCUCCGCCUCAGGGACUGGCACUGUUCACCUCAGGGACUGGCACUGUUCACCACAGGUCCCAGCUCCUGCCACAGUCCCUGCCCCAGUCCCAGCUCCUGCCACAGUCCCUGCCCCAGUUCCAGCCACAGUCCCAGCUCCUGCCACAGUCCCUGCCCCAGUCCCAGCCACAGUCCCAGCUCCUGCCACAGUCCCUGCCCCAGUCCCAGCCACAGUCCCAGCUCCUGCCACAGUCCCUGCCCCAGUCCCUGCCACAGUCCCAGCUCCUGCCACAGUCCCUGCCCCAGUCCCAGCCACAGUCCCAGCUCCUGCCACAGUCCCUGCCCCAGUCCCAGCCACAGUCCCAGCUCCUGCCACAGUCCCUGCCCCAGUCCCAGCCCCAGCCACAGUCCCAGCUCCUGCCACAGUCCCUGCCCCAGCCACAGUCCCAGCUCCUGCCACAGUCCCUGCCCCAGUCCCUGCCACAGUCCCAGCUCCUGCCACAGUCCCUGCCCCAGUCCCAGCCACAGUCCCAGCUCCUGCCACAGUCCCUGCCCCAGUCCCAGCCACAGUCCCAGCUCCUGCCACAGUCCCUGCCCCAGUCCCAGCCACAGUCCCAGCUCCUGCCACAGUCCCUGCCCCAGUCCCAGCCACAGUCCCAGCUCCUGCCACAGUCCCUGCCCCAGUCCCAGCCACAGUCCCAGCUCCUGCCACAGUCCCUGCCCCAGUCCCAGCCACAGUCCCAGCUCCUGCCACAGUCCCUGCCCCAGUCCCAGCCACAGUCCCAGCUCCUGCCACAGUCCCUGCCCCAGUCCCAGCCACAGUCCCAGCUCCUGCCACAGUCCCUGCCCCAGUCCCAGCUCAGACUCCAGCCCAUGCCCCAGUCCCAGCGAGACCUGGAGUAG